AUGGGGGAAUACGCCCCGUACGUGAUAUCGGCCACCGAUCGAAGCGGCCUGCUCGUCAUUGUUGCGACUCUUUUCAUGUCGUGGAUGGUCAUCGUCUGUUUAAUCCGUCUCUAUAUGCGUCUAGGAAUGAACGGACCUAUUCGAAUUGAUGACCUGGUGGUCUUCUCAGGCGGCGUAAGUCGGUCCCUGCUUCUGCAGCAACUGUGGGCUAAGUUUUACGAUGUGUCUACAUGGCAGGCUUUCGGAAUAGCCCAUGUGGGAACGAUCAUGCAUGGAGUAUCCCACGGGCUGGGCAGAUCCCAAAAUGAAACCUCUGCAUCCGAUCUGAAGAGUGCCGCACAAACUCUGUAUGCUGCCAAUAUUUUAUUCCUUGUCGGCCACGGUGCUGCGAAAGCCUCCGUUGGAUUCCUCCUGCACCGGCUAGGCCGGGAGAAGGGGUAUCUGCUGGCGUGCAAAGCCACUUUAGCUGUGACGGUGCUGUGGAUGAUCGCCUCAAUACUAGCGAUUGCAAUCAGUUGCACGGCUCAAUACCAGUGGUCCAGUGAGGAACAUUGUCUCGGCUUGGGCAUUGCUUGGAAAGCAGUCAGUACGUUCGAUGUCAUUAUUGAGAUAUGCCUGAUUGUCCUCAGUGUGGUGUUGGUUUGGGGAAUCCAAAUGCGUCGUAAAGAGAAGGCGACGGUCAUUUUUGCAUUUGCGACUCGAAUCUCAAUAAUCGUUCUGAUCAUUAUCCGGCAAAGAUACCUGAACACCUCGCUAUUCCGCCCCGACGCUCCAUUGCAUGUUUCGAACUCCUUGGUCAUGACCAUAGUGUUGCUGCAUUGUAGCAUCAUGGUGGCGACGAUCCCAUGUCUCAAACCGUUCAUUAUUGCAUUCAAUACCGGCUGGGGACAAGGCGUAGCGAAUAGCAAAGGGACCACAUACUACAAACAAUCGGCUACGAGCGCUUCAGGGAAUGCGUCACGAAGCCGUGGACCACAUAGCUCUGGGGCAGAGGAGGAAGAGCUCGAUUUGACGGUCGUCCGACACUCUCAUGAAAGCCAGCAUUCGCGGCAGCUGAUCAUUCAUCAGACCCGAGAAUGGAUCGUGGAAGAGACGUAUGAAAUGAAGCCGAUGCGGUGA